AUGAUUUCUCGUGAAGCCUUUGAAGUUUCGGAAGUCUCACCAAACUCGAAUCGCAUCUAUCAUGUUCACCCAUCAAUCUUCCCAUUAGGUGGUCAACAGGGUUGA